AACACUGGGGCCAGAUUUCAGGCCAGGCAACUGCGUAGGAUAGGCAUUGUGAAGCCAUUUGUCUGGUCUUCUACACAGUUCCAUGAGAAUCUCGCCUUGGUGUUAGCCUUGAGUUUGGCCAGAACAGUGUCGAUUCCAAUGUUGGAGUGCUGGUUCUUCGUUCGACGCUCCCCACAGUGAUUUUUUCAAUUUUCCCGCGAUUACCAAUUCACCCGUGUUUAAGUGUCCUCCCAACAGAGAGCAAUGAAUCACGAGGAUAGUCUUUAUUGAUCUCAGGAACAAAAACAAAGCGUUCUUUGAAGAAGAAAAGUGCAAUUUUUUUCGUACUAGUGAAAAUUUACUCCCCUAGUGCACAAUGGGGAAGGAUUAUUACUCCAUAUUGGGCGUUGGCCGUGAGGCGGGACAAGAUGAUAUCAAAAAGGCCUAUCGCAAGAUGGCUCUCAAAUACCAUCCCGAUAAGAACAAUGCCGAGGAUGCCGAAGAGAAAUUCAAAGAGAUUGCAGAAGCUUACGAAGUGUUGGGCGAUUCUGAUAAACGGAGCACGUACGAUCGUUAUGGAGAAGAUGGUUUGCAUACCAACGGUUCUGCUCGUCGCCAACAGCAGCCCAAUUUUCAUCGCAAUUUCUCCUUCCACCCCAUGGAUCCAUUCGAGGUGUUCCGUUCAUUCUUUGGCGGGCACGACCCGUUCCACAACAUGCACCAUCAUCCUUCAGAUCCAUUUGGAGGUAUGUUUGGACCCGGCCUCCACCAAUCGUUCCUCACGGGAUCCCUCUUCGGAAAUCACGCCGCUUCUUUGUCCAACACUGGCAGUCUCUUUGAUGAUCUUCUUGAUGGUCCUAAUGUCCAGACCACGAGGUUCACAAGUGGAGGUGGGGGCGGGACGGUGCAUAUCACUCGAACCGUCAUCGGGGAUGAUGGUUCGGUGAGAAGAGAAAUGAGAUUCAUGACUCCGUCACAAAGCAUGGAGGAGCCGAGCUAUCCCAGAAAGAGCUCCACGUCGUCCUCCAGUGCUUCUCCUAAGAAUCGCUCUCAGUCCGCCUCUCGAGCCUCAACCACGCACAAGGCCCGACCUUCAACUCGAUCCAUGCCUACCGCCCCGAGUCAAAGUCAAACCCCCAAGACGUCCAAUCUUCAUGCACAGUCAUUCAUCUCGGAUCGGAUGAAGCCCAACUUGCACUCCAACUCGAAUGGAACCUCACGAUCGUCUUCAUUCCGCAGUCCCCCGGAUGGAGCACCCACUUCUGGGUCCCCUCGAAGAAAAGCCAGUGCUCCGCCAUCGAACUCACCCAACUAUCAACAGCCCACCGUAAGUAGCGUAAGGCGUGGCAAUGGGGUGGGUGAGGCGUCUGCUCCUACUCAAACUCCUCCCAACCGGACACCCGGAGACGGUACAAGCGCUCGCUCUAACGGGCUUGGCAUGCCCAGACAGCGAGGUAAUCUGGGUAGACCCGGCAGCAACGCAUCCUCGUAUAAUGGAGGGGCUACUAAAAGAAGGCCUGCUUCCAGCCAAAACAUGCCCCAAGGUCAAAGACUCAUUCAAUGCCCCUUGUGCGGACGGAACUACGCUAAGAGCAUCAUCGAAACACAUGCGGCAAGCUGCGAGGGGCGGUCUCCAGAGAGUGACGGCCUGGAAGUGAACUUGCCCCCGGAAAGAGACGCCCAACCUCCUCCUGCCACCAGAUCAAAAGUGUCCAACUCUUUCAAAGAGAGGAGUAAGGCAUCAAAUAUCCUGGUGGAGUGUCCCAUUUGCAAUCAAAAGUAUUCCAAAACACUUAUUGAGGAACAUGCUGCGAAUUGCGGAGAGGAGGUUUAUGUUUAAAUAGACCUUUCACUAGAUAUUUGGUGAUUUUUUUGCUUCUUCAUAAAGCGCACCAUUGACGCUUGCUUGGAGUGAAUCGACGACUCAUUCGUUGCCUAAAACACUUGAACCCAUUGUGUGAUUGUGGGCACUACACAACUAAUAAUGUUAGUGCUGAAUACGUUGUCCUUUUCAACAUGAAUGUGAAACACAUGUGCAACACAUGUUAAUCUACGUGCAAAAGAGCUGCUAUAUAAAUCGUUUAUUUUUCUCGGG